AUGAGGCUUCCUGCUAGAUUCUGUGGGUGGAUUGAGACUUGUGUGACCACUCCUAGAUACUCAAUUGCUCUGAAUGGCAGCCUAGUUGGGUAUUUUAAAGGUGUUAGGGGUGUUAGGCAAGGGGACCCUCUGUCUCCUUACCUAUUUGUAAUUGUUAUGAAUGUUCUCUCUAGGCUGCUUGAUGUUGUUGCUAGGAAUGGAAUUUUCAGAUUCCAUCCAAGAUGUAAGAGGAUCUCCCUUACACAUCUCUGUUUUGCUGAUGAUCUAUUGAUAUUCUGUCAUGGUUCUAUGGAUUCAGUUUUGGGAGUGACUAGUAUUUUAGAAAAGUUCUACCACCUAUCUGGGCUCAAGUUAAAUGCCUUGAAAACUGAGCUUUAUGUCUGUGGGAUAAAUGGUAGUGAAUUAGAACAGAUUCAAGCAGCUACAGUAGGAUUGGUCUUCUUCCUGCAACUUGUUUUGCCUAAGGGUGUGAUUCAUGAUAUAGAGAGGUUGUGCAUGAGAUUUUUUUGGAAGGGUAAUGACUCCCCUGCUCGUGGAGCAAGGAAAUAUCUUGGCUGGAAGUUGAUCAAACUGCAUGAGGAAGUCAGAGGCUUAUUCCCUGCUUCAGGUAGUUGGUUGCAGAUUAAAGGGGACUGGAUCUGGAACAUCAUUCGGGACAGGAAAAGCAAAGUUGCUUGGCAUAGAGUCAUUUGGUUUCCUGCUCACAUCCCUAAGUUUUCAUUGAUCACGUGGAUGGCCAUCCUGGAUCGUUUAUCUACCAGGGAGAGGUUGUGUAGAUUUGCUGUGUUGAUUGAUGCAAGCUGUGGUCUAUGUGGUACUGUCCUGGAAUCAAGAAGCCAUUUGUUCAUAGACUGUUCUUUCUCGAGGGAGGUUUGGAAUCUUUUACUGCAACUUUGUGGGUUGCGAAUGUAG